UGCCCGCAAAUUAGUUUGGUUUAUCUUGAAAGUGUCUUGAGCACCACUGUUGCAAUGAAAAGAGAUAGGUAACAUAUCUACCUGUUGAAGCUAUGUUCGCGUUUAAGUGGGGGGGGGGGAUUCCAUUACUCUCCUUCUCUCUCUCUUUCAUUCUUUUGCUCCUUCUCUUUUCUUCUCUCUCUCCUUGGGUCCAAGCUUUCCUCCGAGGUGAGGAUCGGGCCGUUAGUCUCGUGUUGUAGGAGAGAGCAGUGGUAGUGCGUACCGCGAAGGUUCGCGUUCGAUUAACAGCAACGAACAACAUAACUAAUUUCAAAUCGAUCUAGAUCAACGAACCACGAACGACGCGCGCGAUCUUUCGAUCUAGAAGUGGUGUACCGUUUUAUUUUCCCUUAGGAAAAUAUUAUUUUCUUACCUCAACUCUUUUUUUCUUUUCUCCGCGCGCGUGAGAAAGAGAGGAAGAGAAAGAGGAACACAGUUGGUUGGUUCGUGGACCGGAUUGGUGAACUCAUUCUAUCUCUUUUUCUCUCGUGCCAACAUCACAGAUAGGAUUCACGGAUGAACCAAAGGCCGUUUUCUUUAUCUUUAUAUUCUUCGUCUUAUUCGUCCUCACCGCCGUAGCAUCCUAACGGUAUACGGGGGUGAAGAAGUGCUCUCUUGGAAAAUAAUAUUCAUAUUUUUGGAUAUUUAUAUAUACAUAUAUAUAUAUAUUCCAAAGAAGGAAGAAGAUAAAGAAGACAUCAGGAUGCCUUGUUCUGCAGUAACGCUGUCCCUCGCGACCAUAACCGGUAUCAUUGCCACUGCCCUCCUAGCUAUUGCCUUCUCCACGGAUAAUUGGCUUUACACCGAGGUCAAGCGUGCCCAAAUUCAGCAAUAUACAAGCAAGCACGCUGAACAAAGCCAUCUGAUAGAUCAAAUGAAUGCAAAGUAUUAUUAUUAUACGAGAACUCAGGGUCUCUUCAGGAUAUGUUAUCCCAAAGAAAGGCCACCUACGGUGGAGACGUAUUUGAGUCCGGUGGAAACGCAUUGCAUGAACAUUGAUUACUUCAUCCCCGAUGAAGAAAACCAAACGAGGGACUUCUCCGACGACGCAAUGGCUCGAUUACACAUGGGAAGAUCGGUGAUUGCACUCUUCAUGGUAGGUUUCCUAGCAAUAUUUUCUGCCUUUUGGACGGGAGUCGUUGGUUGUUGGCGAAGAUCACCAGGAAACAUCACGGCUACCGCCAUUUUGAUGCUAUUCGCUUGUUUACUAAGCGCUGGUGGCAUGGGACUUUGGCAUGGCGUAGAAUAUUAUGAGAAGGAAAAGAUCGUUGGCGAAGAAUACUACCAACAAUGGAGCAAUGUUCUAAAGGAUAACACAGCACAGUGGUACGACUGGUCGUUUUACAUGGCCUGGCUAGGAGUGGCUAUGUGUUUAGGCACGAUGACACUAUUUCUGAUCGCGGCAUCCUGUUUAAGAAAGGAACGUGCUCGCGAGCAGACCCAGAAUGUUCAAUACAUCAUGCCAGUGUAUCCUCAAAAACAACAGUACGCGUAUGCAGGUUAUCCAGCACCAGCGGCGUAUCCAGGGCCAUAUUAUCAUGGGUCGCAAUACGGGCCUUACAAUUAUUGAAAAUAUCAAAACUCGAUGAGAAGAUCGUUAUUGUAGUGGGAUACAUUAUUUUGGAUUAUGUUGAUUUUAACGUGUGCCAACAACCAGAGGCAUACAUUCGUCAUAUUUAAUCGAUCAAUGAAAUGAAAUGAAAUCAAAUCAAAUCAAAUCAAUGAAUUACUUUCUCUCUUGCUCGUCAAAAUGGUGGAUAUAAUAAGAAAUAAAGAAGAAUCUAAGGAGGACUAAAAAAAAAGGUUUAAAAGAAAGAAAGGAAGGACAAUUAAAGAAACAAAAAAUCUAUAUAUACGAAAGUAAAGCAAAGAAAAGAAAGGAGAGGAAAACAAAACGAAGUAUAAUUAAUUAACAUAAGUAUUGCCGUCCUAUGCCUCAUUUUCGACGAGUAAACUCGAAUAAUCGAGUUCGUACGAACGUUUUCUAAGGUCGUUCGCGUAGCUAAACUUCCGGUAUCGCGAUGUAUAAUCCUCUUGGAAGAUGAUGAUGCCCCUUUCGAGCUACGAUACGCUCCGUUUCCUUUUUCUAACGCAAAAAAAACAAAAAGUAGUACGAAGGAAGAGUUUACACGGCAGAUUGAUAUCUUCCGAAGUUGCUCUAACAUAGAUUUAACAUUUUCUAUAAUUAUUUGUUAGUUAGGAUUUUUUUUUUUUAUCAUUUUUUUCUUUUUCCUCAUCUCUCUCGCUCUCUCUCUAUCUUUUACUCUCUCUCUCUCUCUCUCUAUCUGUUUAUGUUUUUUUUUUUUUUUUAAAUAAUGUCGUAUCGAUACGAUCUUCGUGCCCUACUUUUUAUUUCUUUUUUUUUUUUUUUUUAUUUUUUUUAUUUUUGUAUAAAUUAUUAUUUAAAAGAAAAAAAAGCGUGCGCGCCCGUUAAUUCCAUUAUGGGAAGUUAGGUUUCACUUUCGUCGUUUUUUCACCUCCAAAGACCUAUUUACUACUUACGUAUGUUACUCAUAUGCGUUUGUAUUUACAUGAUAUGUAUAUACGUUUGUAAAGAAAAAAAAAAUAAGGAAAAAACGUUUAUUAUUGGUUUGAAACAGAAUUAUUUAAAAAAAAGUCACGAUAUUCUUUCGAUUAUAUUCUCAACGAUAAUUUUCUAUUAACUGACUGAAAAUCUAAUUCUCUACCGAAUAACAAAAAAAUAAAUAUUGCAUUUUUAUUCCGGCAAGGUAAGAUCAUUUUCGAUCGUCACACACAUUCACAUCCACACACACACACACACACACACAUUUAUUAUUAUUCGCGAGACUCUCUAUCGUCGUCUAGUUAUUUUGAUAUACAUAGAUACGUAAAAUACAUAGGAUACGUAAGAUUCAUUCGAGAUUGGGCAAAUCACGCACGUAUAUAAGUAUGUAAGUAAAAUAACAUCCAUUGUUAACAAAUAAUUGUAUCUAAAUCACAUGGAAAAGAAAUGACUAUUCUGAUUAUUUUUCUGUCUUUUUGAUUGUCAAUUAAAUAGAUUUUUAUUUAGAUUCGAUUUUUAAUAUUGAAUUUAAAUGAAAUCUUAAACAAAAGACUCUGGUGCUCUGAAAAUAAAAGAAGAAGAGUGAUAUUUUUUUUUCACGUGAUACGUUUGUUUUAUUAUCUUUUUUUUUUUUUGUUACAAAUUCCGUACUUUACCUAUUCUCUUGCUCACCAUGAUGGUACCUUAAAUGUAAGGCGUUAUUGAAUUAAACAAUAACAAAAAACAAAGUGGAAUUAAAUUACUUACCAUACAAUUUAUAACGCGAAUAAACGAACGAAAGACAAAUUAUUUCUUUUUAACGAUUAUUAUAUAAAUGUCAUCUAUACAACGAGUUCAUCGUAAAGGAGUUUAAGUAUAAAUGAUCUGAUAUUUAUAAUAAUUCGUGUGACAUUACAUAGUAUGU